CGAAGUUGACAGUAUAAAUAAAGGUGAACUCUGAGAAAAGACUCUAUAGACCGAUUCACGUGAUUGAUGUAUAUAGUUCUCGAGUUCAAGAAGAUGUAUAGGUAGGAAUGAUUCAAAAUAGCAGCUAGAAGGAGAGUCAGUGGUCUUGAAUUGAGCCUAGAGAAACGGUGUCGUCUAAGACAUGUAAUUGAUACUUGACCUACUGAUGACGUCUAUUCCUCGUAAUUCCCGGCCGGCAGGGCUUCACAAGGCAUAAAUAGAUGCAGCUGUUCCGGCGAGCUGCAUUACCUAUCGUCCAACAGUUGAGCCUGGGGUCCAAAUUCACUCAACCCUGGAAAAACAACGAACAAUAUAUCUCAAUAUCUUUUUUUCAGUUCCCCGGUGUUGUAAAUAAUAAUUCAACCUCGGGCUACGAUAAGUCUAUACGGUAGAUUUCUAGAUCUUCGACAAUAACGAAACUUCACAGUAUAAGCGAAGACUACAAGUUAAGCUUACAAUCUCAUGGCGGACACUACUACCACCUCGCCCCCUCUUCAUAGUGAUACAAACAGCCGCCCAUCACUAGCGAAUAGAGGAACUUCCAAAUCGUCCUUGAAGAACACCCCAUCUACCCUGCAACAGCACAUCGCAUUCUUCGACCCCGACAACGACGGAGUCAUCUGGCCGCUAGACGUAUACAACGGAUUCCGCGACCUAGGCUUCUGCAUGCUCUUCUCCCUGGGCUCGCUCCUCAUCCCCGUCUUCUUCUCCUACCCCACGCGGCUAGGCCACUCGUGGAUUCCCGACCCGUUCCUGCGCAUCUACGUCAACGACAUCCACAAGGCGAAGCACGGCUCCGACUCGGGCGUGUACGACUUCGACGGGACCUUCAGCCCGGACCGGUUCGACCGCAUGUUCGCGCGCUUCGACACGUCCGGCGUCGGCGGGCUCGACGUGGACGACCUGAGGUUGCUGCUGAGUAGGGACCGGUGCGCGGCCGAUCCGGCGGGCUGGUGCUUUGCGUUCAUGGAGGUCUGGACGACGUGGCUUUUGCUGCAGAAGGAUGGCCGGGUCUGGAAGGAUGAUCUGAGAGCGUGCUAUGAGGGCACGUUGUUCUGGAAGAUAAGCGAGGAGAGGGCUAAGGGGGAUGGCUGGCAGAAAGGCUACGGAGUUCACGACUUUGUACAGAGCUUGUGGCUUCAUGGGACUUGGAAGAGUUGGGAAACGCAGGCCAAGAAAGCUACCUAGUUAAAUUGACUAGGUAGUUAUAGAUUGAAUAAUACACAAGGUUUUCGAUCGUAUCUAAGACUAUUACUAGGCUAAGUAGGCCAUCACCACAGAAAAUUGCUCGUUUAAGGUAUAGGAUGUUGUAUUCUUAUGAGUGAAUUAAGUUAUAAUGUGCCCCU